AUGAAAACGGCCGAGGAGGCGCAAGAUGAAGAUAUCGGCUCGUAUCAUUGUGAUUCAAAUCGAGAUCACGAUCACUCAGUGUUUUCUUCAAAAUUAACAAAAGUCGAAGAAAGCUAUGUAUCUCCCGACGUCAUAAUGGUGAUGCGCCACUCGGAAAGAGUCGACGAUUGCUGUCCAGGAUGGAUCGAAAAAUGCAAUAAAGCCGGCAAAUACGAGCCGUUCGAUUUGAAUAUGCCCUCUCGCCUCCCAAUAAUUCGACCGCUUCGCGAUUUCAUGUGCGACACAAUUCUAACACGAAGCGGCGUCGUUUUAGCGCAAAUGGUUGGCCGCGGCCUCUAUAUGACCGACAAUGUGCCAGACGUGAUCUAUUGCUCGCCGUCGUUGCGCUGCAUUCAAACCGCCUCGCUCGUCAAACAACUCUCCGGCAGCAACGCGCUCGUUCGCGUCGAGCCCGGCCUCUUCGAGGACUUCAAAUACCCCAAAGGGGUCCCGUGCUUUUUGACGCCGAUUCAACGCCACAUUUUUCCCGUCGAUAAAACCUAUCGACCAUUGAUGUCCAUCGAGAAGGUCGUCAGCCGUCAGGAGACCAACGAGGAAUACAACGAACGAAUUCACACCGUGCUCACGAGCAUCGCCGAGCAAAACGAAAUCGUCGUUGGACGCAAAGAGCUCAAAGUGCUGAUUGUUGCGCACGCCUCAACCGUCGAUAUGUCGAUCGGGCUGCUCCGCGAGCGUCCACGAUAUACGCGCAAAGACGAGCUGCUCAACAUCGCGCUUCCCGUUCCCUAUUGCGCGAUGGCUUAUCUCAAAAAGAAAAAGGGCAACUGGUGCCCGAAUCCGCACGCCGUACCGCCAGUCACCUACGAGCAUCUCACCACAAUCUACAAUCCGCAUUUUUUGCAUCGCCCUUAA